UUUACUGGUUGCCUCAGUGCUGGACAUUGGUAAGGUAUAAUAGUAGCCUACUGUUUCUACCGAUAAUUAGGAUUCGCCUAAAAUCGAUAUAAGUAAGAGCGUUGCAGUCGCUCUGUUGUCUUCUAGUGGCGCGCACAUUUAAAACUCAUAAGCUGUAAUUUCCACUAAAAGAACCGAUUUCCUUCUUCAGUCAUUCGUUUAUUACGAGUCGUCGAACUGCUCCAGCAUUUGAAUUUGGCGUUGGCGUUUUAGAAAUAUGACUUCUUCUGAGAAAACAUUGAAGUCUCUUUUCAAUAAGAGAUCAAGAACUACAUUUGAGCUAACAAAGGAACAGAAGGCAGAUAUGCUGGAAGCAUUCCACUUGUUUGACACUAAGGGCACAGGAAAGAUCGCAACAAAAGAGCUUAAGAUUGUUCUUAGGGCACUGGGUUUUGAACCACAGAAGGAAGAACUUAGGAAGAUGAUUGCUGAUGUAGACAAGGAGGGAACAGGUUACUUGUCAUUCAAUGAUUUCUUGUUGUUUGUUACAAUUAAGAUGUCUGAGACUGAUCCAAAAGAUGAAAUUUUACGAGCUUUCCAUCUGUUUAAUGAUGAUGAAACUGGAAAAGUUUCUUUAAAUAAUCUGAAAAGGGUUGCUAAUGAACUUAAGGAAGAUGUUACAGAACAAGAACUUCAGGAAAUGAUUGAUGAAGCAGACUUAGAUGGAGAUGGAGAAGUAAACCAGGAAGAAUUUCUACGAAUUAUGAAGAGGACAAGUUUAGAAUGAGAAAAAAUGCAUUGACUAGCAGUGCUAUUUCAUAAAAAAUUGCUUAUUUGUUUAAAUGUAAUGUUUUUGAGCUGUGUAAUGGGUAAUUAAGUUCUUUCAUGAAGCUAUUAGUAUCUUAAUUUCUCCUGUAA